CGUCAUCUUUAUACUUCCUGGUUGAAUCAAUCGGUUGAAGGAAAUUCGAUACCGACCAUUGUGAAUAUGUGAUAUCUCGUAGUUGAUUCACAAAUAUUCUUUACAUUUUAACAGUGUUUUUGUUUGCAUUUGUUGGUUUUAUAAGCAGUUGAAAUAAAAACAAAUAUGCCUGCAAUAAAACGUGAUUGGGAAUCUAUAGACAAUCAUGCUAGCAAAGCAACGGCUACAACAUUUGAGUCUUUAGUGGCGUAUCUUGACCAGCCGAUCGAAAAAAGUGCAGACAGGGACAUUUUCAUGACCAGGGCAUUACUGUACUGGUUGAAAUGUAACUCCAAAGUUCAAGAGAAGGAUUACCCGCAGGAUUCACCUCAAGGACUUGCCUGCAAAAUGUUCUCUGAAAAGCUUGCGUUUGCUGAUGGGUUUUCAAGAAUGUGCAAAGAGGCAAACAUUGAUUGCAGAGUGGUAUUGGGCAUCAGUAAGACAGGUGAUUACAAACCAGGUGAUCUUACUGUAGACAAAGGCCGAAUGCAGUCGCGAUGGAACAAACUAUUUUUGAAUGGUCAAUGGUGGCCUGUCAAUCCGCGCUACAUACUGCACAACAGAGAGCGUGGCCUGAUCAAGGAAUUCUGGUUUUUAACCGAUCCAGAGUUGUUUGUUCAGUACUGCCUACCUGAUGACCCCGAGGAUCAAAUGUUGCCAAAGUCUAAAAGGAUCAACAGCGAACGGGCUUUUAUGAAGCUGCCUUUCCUUUCUCAUAGGUUUCAUGAAUUGAACAUGCGGCUUACGAGUGAAGACCAGUGCAUAAUUGAGACUGUAAACGGCUGCAGCAAAAUCUCAUUCAAAAUUCCUAGAAAACUCGCGAAGGACUUCGAGUGUGAAAUAGAUUCCGCACACUUGUCAAACGUGCUUGACUUGAAAGGAAAUAAAAGUGAUGCAAUCACAAAGGCAUUUGCUGGUAUCAAGAUUGACAAACUGAUAUUCAGUUCAAGGAAGAAGGGGCAUUUUAUCUUUGAGCUUAGAUGUCCUGUUGAAAUGGCGUCGUAUAACUUGACCAUUGAGGGCGGUAAGAUUGAUGAACGAAAAACCACGCUGGUCAAGACGCGGAUCGUGUGCAGGGAAAAGAUGAAAAAUUUCAAAGAAUUUCCAGACAACAAAGGUUCACUUGGGUGGGGGUUCGGACCACGAGCCCAUGCCGCGGGACUUCUUUCAACGACAAAGUUUGAGCCCAAGCUUCUAAUACAGGAUAACCAUCUCGAACUGAAGUUUGGGGUCGAAAAAAGAGCAAAGAAAGAGUACCGCGCGGAGUUGUCAAGGGAGAAUAUUUCAACUGAUUUGACAGGUUUCGUUCAAAGUCACCUGGACACUGUAAACAACAAAUUUAUAGUCAAAGUCCUUAAACCUCCGGUCUCCGGUGAAUACGCUUUGACAGUGUUUGUGGUUGAUGGAGUGAAACAAAAAGGAACACCCGUGUGCCAGUAUCUUGUAACGACUCUUUUAGACUUAGAGAAACUGGAAGACGAGUACUACGAUUCGUCCGAUGGAACCUCUGACGUUGAUGAAGAGAUCAAUAAACUGGAGGAUGAAGUUGCAAAGCUGACAGCUCAGCGUGACAAACUGAAGAAACAGCUGCAAACUUCAGAACAACGCGUGGUUAAUUUCGACCAGAAACAUGUUGUUUUUUAACUUCGGAGCUGCAUGCUUCGUAAUAUACUGUAAAUGUGUAACAAUUUUUGUGGAUGGGCUUCUAUGUGAAACUUGUUUCUGCAAAUUAUUUUAUUAAGUGAAUAUCGCAUAGUGAGAAAACAACAUUUGCGCUUGACUUAUUUAUCUAUAGGUUUACUUGUUCUAAGAUUUGUAUGCGUUUUUAAGUACGCUAAUCAUAUCAUAACUGUGAUCGAUGUUUUGUUAUUUAACAGCGUCAUAAUACAAAUUCAUAACCCUGCAAAAAUGUAUAAAUGCAUUUUGACAAUUUUUUUACGGUCUCGACUAAUUUUAAAUAGACGAGUGUUCUUUAACUGUUUUUAUGGGUGUGAGAGUAUAGUAACGUUUCUUUUCCUAACAAACACGCAUAUUAAAAUGCUAUUCCACAUUUAUCGUAUCGUCAAAUUUUUUACAAUUAAAUUUUUUAUUUGUUGGCUUAAGUCGUUUUUAUAUGUGUAUCAUUUUAUUUUUACAUUAAACUUCCACUUGAAAGCAGUGUGUAUGUUCCGUAAGUUCAGAAAUAUCAACUUUGUAUGUGUAUUUAACAUUGGUGUCGGAUCUGGUUGCAAAAAAGACCAUGUCCACCAUAUGGCCUCGUAGUGUGACAAAGUGUUGGACGUAAAAGCUUUUAAGGUAAGGAGAUAUUUUUGAAUGGAAGAUUUUAUUAACAUGUAAGUAGAACGAACUAAGUUGGCAAUCAUUGGAAAUGUUACCUAAUUCUGAUCACGCAUAUCACAUUAAUCAACUUGGUCAAACUAUUUGGAAAAUUGUUUUAAAAACGUUUUAACGUUUGGAUAAUAAAUGCGACUUCUAAAUUCGUAACCGAACGUUAUCAUUCGGGUCAUUAUGUUUUACAACAUAAAGCCGUAUCAAAACCAACUAGGAAAUUUUGAGGACAAAAGUUCUGACUGAGUUGCGUCAAGAAAUGUGAACAUUUGAGUGUAAAGAAUGGAAAUGUUAAUACGUGUUUGCAAUUACAUGGCGAUAAAUAUCUUAUCGCAUGCCUCUUCGCUCUAAAGUAGGGCAAAAACUGUGCAACUCAACGAUAAACUAAGAAUACAGAACGUCCGAAAACAAAAUGAUGUCUGUUGAUUGUAGCCAUGGCAACAAGAAAAUGCGAUUAUAACUCGAUGAACGCUUUAAAGACAAGGACAACCUAAUUUUCGCAUGACGCCUCUAUAUGUAAGCUGCCUAAACAAUAUAAACGAUGUGUGCUUUUAAAUUCUAGAGAUCUGUAAGGCGGUACAAAUUUCAAAAAGUUAACAAAAUGUUAAUUACUCAUAGCAAAUUGGAAUCAUAUGUUCGAUCGUUAACCCAAAACAUGUUUUUUCAACCUUUUCGUAUAUAAUAUGAACAAAAUUUCGAGCCAAGCUACCUGCGCACGUUUACUAUAUAAGAACACUGCGUAUAUUUGUUAAAUUUUAAUAAUUGGUUUUAAGACUUCGCACGGAAACCGAAAAUAUCCUUAUAAAUUUCACAUACGAAAUUAAAGAUCUCACCAUCCUUAAUUGCUUACAGAAUAUUUGGCAUUUAAAUUGUACUGCACACACAUUUAAAGCAUGUGAAAAUAAAUAAAUAAUAAAAGUAAUCAACAAACAACAUUUAUUUUUUAAGGUCACAGUUUUAAAAAAUACAAGUGAGGAACAAGGGUACAAAUCAUGAUAAUGACAACAAAUUAAUGUAACACAAAGUUAUAUAUCACAGUCGCACAAAACAACACAAAUAUGAACAUGUUCAUCAAAACGAAAUGAAGAUUAAGUUACAUCAAAUUCAGAUCAUUCGUGUUCCAGAUGUUGCAAACAUUCAUUCGAAAAUGUAAUAUAUUUAUACCAUUGCCCGCAAGUUAUUUUCUUUAAAAAAAUAAUUAAAUAUAAUGUGGGUUAUUCCGCAACAUCCCAUGGGCGUAACCUAA